GUUAUAGCUAAGACCUUGUUUCGAGCACUCAAAGUGCCAAAUAAUAAAUCUUAGGAUCAUUUUACUCAAAGCAGGUCGAAUUCCAUACGAGCAUUUGUCGUUGUGCGCCUAAUCGCCAAUUAAUAGCUCGCCAUGAACAGACGUCUGAGUCGAGUUUGCCUCUCUUCUGAACCAGGAAGUAUGGGAAAUCGGGCAUAGCUGAGUCUAUAUAAUUGAGGGUUGAGAGCCGACGAAGAACAUUCUUGCUAGAGCUAUAGGCGAGUAAACACCUCGGUAUUCAUCCCGCUUCGCUAUCUCUAUACUCUGCCGUGUCAAAGUCGUACGAGCAUUCAACCCGCUAACGAAUAUAUAACGAAUCAAAAGAAAGCAGUCAUCGUUAAUGAAGAGCAGGUGUUGAAAAAUGGAUUUGAACGAGAUAGAUCCACCACUGGAGGAUUUUGGUGAAAUCGAGCAACAGGUGGCCUGCUCAAAAUGGACGGUUCACAACGUCAAAUCGAUCGUUUCGAAACGGACGAAGGGGCGCGUAACGUCGCCAAUUUUUUUCACCCACGACGGAAACAUCAACAGAUGGUGUUUCAAACUGAUUGCAACUACGGUGAACGACUUGAGCAUAAAACUGUUUCUCGUAUCGUGCAAUUACGACGAGGUGUUACUUCGUACCGGCCUGUUUCGCGUUUAUUGCAAUGACAUUUCAAUAGGAUCAAAAUCUGUGACAAAGCACACGUUCGCCGGUGAGGGAUCGGAACUUUGCUUUAUGACCGUUGACGACUUUCGCAUGUUCAGCUCAUACAUCGAGAUUUUGCAAGCGCAAGAAUUGCCGGAUUUGACGGUCGAGUGUCAUAUGACCGAUUCAAGCUUGCCUGUUACAGAUAUGUCCGUGUAUUAUCAAUCACCUAUAAGCAUAGUAGGCGACUACGAAUCAUUAUUUAUGAAUUCGAAUCUCUCUGAUGUAACAUUUGUCGCUGGCAAUCAGGAAUUCCCGGCGCAUAAAGCGAUAUUAAGUACUCGAAGUUCUGUAUUCGCGGCUAUGUUUCAUCACGAUAUGAAGGAAAAGCACGCUGAUACAGUAACUAUCUCAGACAUUGAUUCUAAAGUUAUAAAAGAAUUGUUACGGUUCAUUUACACCGGGAAAAUUUACGAUUUCGAUGAUGUGUGUCAAAAUCUCUUAGUAGUCGCCGACAUGUACAAUAUCGAGCCUCUGAAAAAUGCUUGCUUGAACCACAUGCUCAGAUGCAUUAAUAUGGAAAGUGCAAUUGAUAAUCUUAUAUUUGCUGAUCGAUAUGGAAUAGCUCAGUUGCAUAUUGCCGCGUUAGACUGCGUUGCGAGAAACUCCAGAGAACUUAUGAAAACGGAGAAAUUCAAAAAAUUGGUAGAUAUGCAUCCUGAAAUUUUGACAGAACUAUUUAAAAAGCUUGCGGUACAGUAAGCAGAUCUACAUUAUUCUAAAUCUCUAAUUACUUUUCUUGUAUAUAAAUUCUUGUAUUUCGCGUAACAUACAAAAUAUGACUAGAUUUAUUCGUGUAUAAAUUCUUUAUGUGAUAAAAAUAACUAUAUUUUUAUAAUAAAA